AAUGCCACUGCUUAGUUGAUGCGGUAGAAAGCUUCACUUCCUUGGGCGGAUCGGGUUGCUGUCCAGGAUGCCCACACCUUUUCUAUCAAGAACCACAUCUCAUCGGUCCCCCGCCAUUUCUGUAGCCAACUUGAAUGUUGAUCCUGUGUUCCCUAUGGAUUGGGGUGCAAAUGUGGUGGACUUCAUCUCCAGUUGCAGCCACCCUGGUUUGGUUCGUCGCACUUCCGUGGCCGCUGCACAUGUUCCCAAUGAAGCUGCAAACUUCGGGCGCUUCCAUCGGCGAAACCUAUCUGCUGUGACGACGAUCGGCUUAGGCCGAUACCCUGACCCCCCAUGGAAUUGCCCCAAUCCACCGUAUCCCAUAUUAUUAGACGUUUAUACACAUACUAACAACCUUAAUUCCUUUCACAAACCCGCGAUUGGCCGUGCAUCCAUUUUUGGUCACAGUCGUAACAUUAGUGAUCCCACCGCUUGCUGGGGGACGUAUCGAGUAGUGGAUGCAAAACAUUCUGGUUCGAAUUACCAAUCUGAUUAUCCCGUCUAUCCACUGCUUCAUCCAUCACUGCCCCAGUCUGCAGCCUCACCUGAAAAAGUAGACGAUUUCUCAACUUCUGGCGAUCUCAGAAGUCAAACGUCACCGUAUUUACCCUCUUGGCAAAACCGUUUUAGUGAAUUGGAUGGAGUGAAUGACACUGGUUAUGCUCGUGAACUUAAUGUGGACAUAAAGUCCAAUUCGGAGCAAGAGGGAUUUUGCCUUUUCACAUGUCUGCAACCCUGCGUCACACCGACGACAGUCCUUUUCGGACUCUUCUUUAUCAUGUUCGUACAAACCAUGGUUGUCUCUGGUCUCAUCAGUAGUAUGCUCACGACAUUGGAACGGAGAUUCAAUUUCACCACACGCCAAGUCGGUUAUCUGAUCAGCUGUUAUGAAAGCUCGGGAGUCCUUACGACUGUGGUUGUCAGCUUUGUGAAUGGACGCAAACACAAUCGUCUUCGUAUCGUUGGCCUGGCGACGUUGCUCCUCUCUCUUGGUUUUGCUCUGUUUGCUGUUCCACAUUUCAUUGUCGGACCUUAUAUGCCUGAUACUCUAAGUUCGUCUUCGCAUAAUUUGUCAGCACCUGCCUUUUGCGAGAACAACACUUUCAAAUCUCCUGAAUUGCGUUCACAGUGUUCCUCGGAACCGACAAAUGUUCCAGCGAAUAGAGAACCCGGUCCAGAUGUGCUGUUGGACGAGCGCGACCCAGUUCAUUCUGUGGCUCUUUUGAUCUUCUGUGUGGCGAUGGUGCUCGCUGGGGUGGGUGCUAGUCCGCUACACGUCUUGGCCCCAACUUAUCUCUGGGAUAACCUUGACAGUAAACAAUACCCUAUAUACUCAGCACUGUUCUACAGCGCUGGAGGUCUUGGUCCCGCAUGUGGUUUCCUCGCUGGAGCCGGUUUCCUCAGCUUAUACAUCGAUACACCCGGCGUACUUCCCCGGUCUGGUUUUAAUCGAAACGAUCCACUGUGGUUGGGCGCUUGGUGGCUUGGCUUUCUUGUAUGCUCCGCUCUCACUUUUGUGACCGCUCUUCCUGUCAUCGCGUUCCCCAAACGAUUGAUAACUAAGCCCAAAAGUUCCACGAAACAGUUGGAUACAGAGGGCGUGCAGCAAACUUGUCAGCCCCCAAUAGCGGUCCCAACAUUCCCUGACCUCGAUCCCGCUGAUCCUGGGUCAAAGCGUGCGUUACGCCACUUCUCUCAGCAAUCUGCGCCUUCAGGCAUAAUGCGUAAUAAUCAGACCAAAGGUGGACGCGUCAGCAAGCACCGAGCCACAUCGGAAUCCGCUUUGCCCUCAAGCGGGGAGACUAAUGGUGUGGUGAAGGACUCAACGCCCAUACAUCUCGUCGUCAGACGGGCCAUCUCCCUGGGUUACUAUUCUCCACAACCACACCCGUGCGAUAAGUCCUCGACCACAUGCGCGACUUUGCAGUCACAGAUUGUGAAGCGGUUGAAAGUGUUUCUCCUCGUUCUCCGUCGUGUUUUGGCCAAUCCAAUUUGGUUGGGAGUCACAUUCACAUCCAUGGUGGAGCAGUCGAUCGUCGCAGCCUUUCUCGCCUACGCCGCCAAAUACAUACAGGAUCUCUUUCAAGUUCCCGCUUAUUUGGCGAGUAUCCACACGGGUGCUGUCGUAGUCCCCAGCUCAUUGCUUGGUAUAUUGUCCGGAGCACUGCUCAUGCGACGCUAUCGACCUCCAAUCGAUCGGACCUUGGCUGGUAUCUCGGUCAUGAUCGGAACCACGGUAAUCACUACAAUCAGUUUGAUGCUAAUCGGGUGCCCAGGGAAUCGAGUUGCAGGUCUCACUGCUACAUAUGACGGAAAACCUUGGCCCCGAAUGUACGGACCAGCCCGUUUAAUGGAGCCCAAUUUGACUGCGCCUUGUAACGCCGCUUGCUCUCUCUCCGGAGACGAUGGCUCAUCAAGCAGCUCCCAACUGACUGGUAACGGCAGUUUUCAAUGCUCUGCGACAUAUUUCAACCCCGUUUGCUGGAAGCGCAUUCCAUCACAUGACGACAAAAUUAUUGUCGACCAUUCAACUCUCAAAUACAUGACAUUUUUUAACCCCUGCUUCGCCGGGUGCCAAGUUCGGAAGCGUGCGUCACACGAAUCGAUUGAGAAUUUUUCCGAUUGUCGUUGUACCACAAGGACCGCGCUCAAUCCAUCCGGUUCGGUGUUCUCAUCCAAUCUGCAAACAAAUGCUUUUGGACACGUGGUCCCCGGACGAUGUCCAACUGACUGUCCCCAGUAUGCAGUCUUCUUGUUCAUUUUAUUUCUUCAUAUUUUAUGCACCGGAAUUCUACAAAACCCAAGCAACGUGAUCACUUUAAGCUGUGUGACCUCUGAGGACAGCUCUGUUGCUCUAGGACUGCAGCUUUUCUUCAUGCGAACUCUCGCAUACAUUCCUGCGCCUAUUUAUUUCGGCCAGCUGUUCGACCUGGUCUGCCAGUAUCGUAUUACUGUCGGUGAGAAUGGCGAGAGUACAUCUUCCAGCGGCUGCACUGUACCCAUCCCAUCAGAUCCGCCUGCUUCUGUACUGUCUACACGAGAACAAAUGCCCACUCCCUCUCACACUGGUGCGUGUCUGCAGUACAAUCUGGAGGGUCUUCCCUUGGUUUGGCUUGGCCUAGUACUAUCCCUCAAGCUCGUCAGUCUCGCGGGGGCAACAACCACGUGGCGAGUUGCCAGGCUGCAGCUUUCGAGAAUCCCACUUCCGAAUUCGAAUAAGCACACAUGCACUUCUGACAGCAGGGAAGUAGAUUUCACGGAAGCUGUCUCCACUGUGUUUGAGCACACGGCCGAGGAUGAAAAUGGUCUCACAAAGACGCCUUCUAUCGUGCAAUCCGAUGCAGUCGUUUAACUCUCCCUUCACGUUCAGGUCAAUGGACCAUCUGGUUUCGGUUAGCGCCAGUCCUUUAUGCAGUUUCUUGUACGCCUGUACACAACGUGAUGACACAGCUCACUUGCUACAUUGUAUUCCGACUCGGCACUUCCCAUGUCCUCCCACUGUAACGUUGAUUCCUAGUCUAUCACAAACUACUCCCGAGUAGUUUCUGGGAUCUUUUACUUUUUUUACUUAAAUUCACUUCAUGGUAUUGUGCCUCCUCGCCAGUGAGUGAGCCGUGCACAUUAAUAGGUGGAUCUUUAUGCAAAUCUCCAUUUUCUCUUUUACCAUAUGCACAGUAGUUUUCCCGGCUGUUUUUGUACCGGAGAGCCGUUACUGACUUUCAAACUCGCUUGACUUGCAUUUUCCACACACUCGGUUUGUUCCAACAAGCCACUUCCCACCUGGGUCGCCUGUUGUUCUGGUCUCUCCUCCUGUCUGUCUGUGAUCCAUUCGAACUCAUUUGUUUUUCCUAUCAACUUGGCUAUAAAGUACAUUGUUUAUACCUGUA